AGUCCAAUAUAGACUCCUGGAGUUAGACUCACACAGGACAGUUAAGGGGGCCGUUGAGAGCAUCUCCGUCCCCACCGGCCUUGCCGGGGGAAAAAAAGGAACAAAAGAGAGAAAUACCCAGUUCCGGCCAACACCCCUCCAGUUUAACACAUUCCCCUGUGCCAAUUGGCAUCGCCGCAACCCCGCAAUAUGAGCAAUACACCCCUCCCAUCGUCAUUCGACGCACAUCCAGAAUUCUUUCAGGAAACAAAAUGGCAGAAAUUCACACGUCGCAUCAAAGAAGAACCUCUUAUCCCAAUAGGCUAUGCCGCAACCAGCUAUGCCCUCUGGCGCGCCUACAAAUCCAUGAAAGCUGGCGAUUCUAUUGAACUGAACCGCAUGUUCCGCGCGCGUAUAUACGGGCAUGCAUUUACCCUCUUCGCCAUUGUUGCGGGCGGCAUCUACUACGGGCAGGAACGCAGACAGCGCAAGGAGUUCGAGAAGGCGCUGCAGCAGAAACAAGACCAGGAGAAGCGGGAUGCUUGGUUGAAGGAGUUGGAGAUACGGGAUAAGGAGGAUAAGGACUGGAGACAGAGACAUGCUGCUAUUGAAAUGGCGGCGAAGGAGGCGGAGAAGAAGCGGGGUUAGAGGUGUGAAGGGGCUUUGGGGCUUUGGGCUCUAGGUCGGAGAGACGUGCGAGUGUAACAGUUAUUUUGCAGGAUGGUCGUGGCGGUAUGUAUAUAUUACUGGUAUGCAGGGGUUGUUGAUUACAGCUUAAAAUAUACUGUGGUGGCUUCGCCUGGGUUGGCUUAAUUGCCAUUACGGCCAUUUAUUUAAUUGUUUAUUCAUUCAUGUUCCCCUUCUCA